AGAUGCGUCUGCAGUCGUGUAUGGUGGCCCAGGCUCUCCUCUGGCCCUGAAGGUUUCUGACGUACAAAAGGACUAUCUCUUCCUCACCUAUGAGCCUCCCAGUGCUGAUGGAGCCUACCAAGUGGAGGGUUACUUUGUGGAGAGGUGUGACAUUGGUAGUGGGCAGUGAGUGAGUUGCAAUGACACCAUUCAGAAGGCAUGCAUGUCACUACCCUUUGAGGGGUCUGAAUGACAGCACCAUCUACCAGUUCAGGGUGUGUGCCGUCAACCAGGCAGUUGUGGGACGCCCCUCUAAGGACACCGAGCCUGUCAACACCACCGACCCUUUAGAACACACUAGAACUAUGGUUAUCAAGGUGGACAGAGGUAGAGAGAUCACCAUCACCAAAGAUCAGCUGGAAAGUCAGAUGAAAGUCCCAUUCCCUCCCACUGGUGUCCAUGCCUGUGAGGUGAGUGACAACUACGCCGUGCUUAGCUGGACUGAGCCAGUGCCGAGAGGCAAGGAGCAACUUACCUUCUAUGUGGAGGGGUCCAUUGCAGGGAAAAACAGUUGGCAGCUGGCCAGCAUGGACAUCACGGUGGGCUCUCCCAGGUUCCCCAUGUUUAACCUACAGAAGGGGAAGUCCUACUACUUCCGGGUGCGCUCCUUCAACAAGUAUGGCGUGAGCGAAUCCUCAGAGCCGAGCCUGCCAAUCUCACUGGGACAACCCCAAGCUGCUCCUGCCCCAGCCACCUCCGUCUUUGCCAUCCGAGACACAGAUUCUGCUGUCCUGCUUCAGUGGCAGGUGCCCGUGGAGAAAGAGGGCAUUCUGGGAUACUACCUGUACUACAGCGAGGCUGGGAAGCAAGAGUGGAGGACGAUCAACAACAAGCCAACCACCCACACCAAGUUUACAGUCCAUGGUCUGAAGUCGAAGAAGGAGUGUGUGUUCAGAGUUGAGUCUGUGGGGCGAGCUGGGAACAGUAUCUACUCCAACGAGUCUCCCCCUAUCUUGGUGAAAGCAGUUCUCGUCGCCCCAUCCCCUUCCACUGCCAUCGCCCUGUUGCUCUGCACUGGCUCUGGGAUGAUUCUCACCUGGAGAGUCCCUGCUAACAAUGGAGGAGACCCUGUACGAAGCUACUACCUGGAUCAGAAGGACAAAGAGCUGGACUCCUGGAGAAAUGUCAACACCAAGCCUGCCAAGGAGAGGCAGCACAAGUCUGCUGUCCCCACAUCCUUCAAGAUGGCCACCAUUGUUCCUGUACCCAAGAAGGCAAAGUUUUACCAUUUUACCAUGUGGACGCCUCGGAACGGUCGGGUCUGUAACCUGGAUAGGGGGCAUUACUAUCAGUUCUGUGUUUUUGCUGCCAACGUGGUUGGUGUUGGUAAACCCUCUGAGCCCAGUGAGGCUUUCCUGUAUGAGGAGUGGACCAUGCCUGAGCCAGACAACUUGGCUGUUUAUGGCUCCCAGGCUGCCCUUAUGACCUGGAAUUCAGGGAGGUGAGGGUUAACUCUCUUAGUCCUCCUGUGGGCAGUGCCUCUCUACGAAGGACAGCAAGGACCAAUCACAGGGUACCUGGUGGAGCUGAGCGAGGGAGACCAAUCACAGAGCUGGACUGCUGUGAAUGAAGAGACAAUUGCAGACGCCGUUUUGAAGGUGUCAGGUCUCUAUGCUGGUCAGACCUAUCGUCUCAGAGUGUGUGUCUUCAACAAGGCUAGAAUGGGCAUCCCUUCUCUGCCCUCUGAGGUUAUCAGAGCCCAGAGCCCAGACCCAACCAGGCACCAGAGACAUAGAGAUUGGUGUGGACAAUGAUGGCUUCAUCUUCCUGGCCUUUGAGGCCACUGAAAUUACGGAGUAGAGCACGUUUGUCUGGAGCAAAAACUACAAAGAGGCUAUUGAAGCUGGGAGAGCCAGGGUACUGUGGGAGAACAAUAGGCCCAUCCUCACCUUCACAAACACCACUAAAGAGGACCUGGGCCUGUACACAGUGGAGAUGAGUGACAACCCAGACAUCUCUUCCAGUUUCACCUUCACUGGGGAAGGCACUUUAUACUCAAAGUGAAAGACGACCUGCACAAAAGAUUGCUGCUCCCUGUAAUUCCCCCUCUCUUUCUUUUCCCAUAGAUCUGGAGAGACUGACCGAGCUCGGCUGGCACAUCUGCCACCAAUUGAUAGCCUUGCGCUCCAAGUGGCAGGUGGAGAUGUCAGAGAAAGGGAACGUGAGUCUUUGGAUGCAGACUGAGAGCCUGAGCAAUGCUGCAGAGCUCCGCCUCAUUCUCAGCGACAGAGAGAUCUCUGGUGCUGCAGUAAAGGAGCACUUCAAAACACUGGCUAUGUGUUGUAAUCUCAGAACCCAGAACUAAAUCUUAUUAAGUUUGACAAGGCCAUCGGGCUGAUAGAGAUCCUGUUUGACCAGCUGUCUAAGGAGGACGACGGCCCCUACACAGCUCAGCUCUGCGACGGCCGCGCCAAGAACCAGUUCGCCCUGGUGCUCGUGGACGAGACUGCUGGAAGUGGUGAGCCAGCACUGUUUGCUUCAGAUCGGCACAGUAGUGUGAAAAGGGCAGCUUAUUAUUGCUGUGAACUCUAAAGAGCAAGUUUCGUCAGACACUGGCUCAGUCCAUAGCCAACAGAAUGGACUACAAGAGAAAGUCAGGUAAGUGUUCCCCUAUUGGCCCCUGGUUCACCUCUAACCUCUGGGCUGGAUCCAGUGCCUCAUUUGUAAAUCGGGGGUCCUGGAACACAUAGUGAGCGCGGCGGGGGGGGGGGCUUUUUUUAUUUAGCUUUCCCACAAUUCAAAUUCAGUAGGGAGACGACUAGCCUAGGCUACGUAAUGUGAUUACGUAGGGACUUCUUCACCAGCUGACCACCACUACCAAGACCAGUGUCCAAAUCAGUUACUUACCCCACCCACUCUCCCUAUAACCUCUAUGUACAAAUAAGAGAGCAGGUCUGGAAUCAGUGUGGCAGGAUAGGAUGAUUACACAGAAGGAUCGCCAUGCUUUUACUUGAUGGUGCUUUUGGGGGGCGGGAGAAAUAAUGAGGAGGUAACUUGAUUUAACUCCAAUCGCUUUUAUUCGAAUGUCUGCAGUGCGAACAGUGAAACAAUGAAUAAAUCAUGCCGCGAGAGGUACCGGGUCAGGGUAAAUAGGUGCCGGAACAAACAAAGUCAUAUCUGAAACGGUGCCGGAUCCUCUCAGAGAGUUUAGGAUGUGUUUUCAGUAGAUAGUAGAUAAAUAGUAGAUAAAUAUCUCAUUUCUGUGUAAAAUAGGUUCCCAAUGUGCUGAAACAGAUUCAAUACGCCUCAAUGCCCUAGUUUCCUAUCUAUCGUCAACCGUUUAUGGAGUGCAAACAGUGUUGAACAGGCAGCUAUGUCUUUAGAACAUAUUGUGCUGACACACCAGAAUAUAGAGAGUUUCAUUGAUUGAGUGCCAGCAAAGAUGGCCGCUGUAUCUCUGGUCCAGUGUGCGCAGUUAAUCAUCGCUCUGUUUUUCAAGGACCCUAUUUUCUGGAGUUUUUGUCAUGGACCAUGACAGAGGACUGUGAGUUUAUAACCAAAUGCAAGGUCAUUUGUAGAUUAUUUAUAAUUUAUAGAUUCAUUUCUCCAAUAUCUUGUUGUUAUCUUCGUUAUGGAAUAAUCACAUGGAUUCUGUUCUAAUAUGCAUGUGUGUCGUUAUGAAUGUAUUCCGUGCACAGUGUUGAUGUAUCAUUAGAAUCCUCUGUCAUUCUGGGUCCAGGUGACCAACGUAAGCAAGGAUACGACUCUGAAGUGGUUCAAGGACGGCGUGGAGACUCCAGCUGUGUAUGACCAGCAGACUGGAGUCAGCACCAUGACUGUGCAACAAGUACACAUACCACAUCCAGUCCUCAUAGGGCUGGUUUCCUGAACCCAGAUUAAACGUAAUCCUGGACUAAAACACACUUUCAACGGAGAGUCUCUAUUGUGAAUGAUUUUAAUCCAGGACUAGGCUGAAUCUGGGUCCAGGAAACUGGCCCAAAAUGUCACAUAUCACUUAUGCUCCACCCCACUAUUUAGCGCGACCGUGGAGAUUUGACCUGGCGACCUUCCGGCUACAGAUCCGCCGCUCUAACUAAGCUGCCUACCACCUCAUAUUUACAGUAUUGUAAUGAAUAUGUAAAGUAAUGUUCAGUAGUACUGGGUGUACAUUCAUGGGAUGGUGGCAGAUGAGGGAAUAGGGUUAAGCCCAGGAGAACACACACAGAGAGAGAGAGAGAGAGAGAGAGAGAGAGAGAGAGAGAGAGAGAGAGAGAGAGAGAGAGAGAGAGAGAGAGAGAGAGAGAGAGAGAGAGAGAGAGAGAGAGAGAGAGAGAGAGAGAGAGAGAGAGAGAGAGAGAGAGAGAGAAUCUGAGAGAGAGAAUUUAUAGAU